AUGGACCAGUUUUCUCAAGCCUUCUGUGCCAUGGCCCCCGUUAGCGCCCAAGCACCCGCUCAGACCCGCGCUGUCCCAUCAGUCACCUUUGUGCUAGGGAAGGACGCACUGUAUAAUGGCGAGCGAGUCACUAUGUUUUUGCCAGACAGCUACGAGGACGCCCAACAAAAGGUCUUUGAGAACUUUGACCGCCAUGAGCUGUCCAAUGAGCGUAUCACCUCUGCGUCCCACGUCAAGCUGUUCACGGUGACUAGGGACUCCAGUCGGCUGUCCAUAUCGGGAUACAAGUGGUCUGCGUCGGCGAAGAGCGGUUGGAGGGAGAUUAUCGCUGGGAUGAAAGCAGCUGGCACCGGGUUUGAGAUUGAGGUCCAAUCUACAGUCCAAGAGCCUGCAUACAAUGCCUACGAUUAUUAG